UCGUGCGCGUACCCGACUCCGAAGGCGAAUGCGGUAGGAAAAACAAGCAAGGACCGUUGGAGAGACAAGACGGCGGACCUCACCUACGGACGGACCACAAGAUAUCGUUUUUUGAGCUUAAUUUCCACGCUCCGUUGGACCGACACACUGGUCGAGACGGUUGAGGAUACUGGCGAGGGACAAUAGGAUGCAGUGUAGACCUGGCUGGUGACCGGUCUGCAGGCUCUUAACUCGUCAUAUUGCUAGAGCCAGCCAGUUGGGGCGGGGGGCAGAGUUCUGCAUGCCCCUCUAGGUCUGAGUGCUUGUCUGGACCCACCCAACCGCCCACCAUACGAGUGCACAGCGCAUCCUUGCCCGUAUUCGGAUUAGCACAACUCAUCUCCUAACUAAGGAGAACACGGCAGCUGCAACAUCAUCCGGAGUUCGCCACCUGACUCUCCCUGGCCCCACCCACACAGCCGUGUCACCAUGGUGCUGUCACAAAGGCAACGAGAUGAAUUAAAUCGAGCGAUAGCUGAUUAUCUACGUUCCAAUGGUUAUGAAGAGGCAUAUUCCACUUUCAAGAAGGAGGCAGAAUUAGAUAUGAAUGAGGAAUUGGAUAAGAAGUAUGCUGGGCUUUUGGAAAAGAAGUGGACUUCGGUCAUCAGAUUACAAAAGAAGGUGAUGGAAUUGGAAUCUAAGCUAAACGAAGCCAAGGAGGAGAUCACCCUGGGUGGGCCUGUCAGUCAGAAACGAGACCCCAAAGAGUGGAUCCCACGGCCACCAGAGAAAUACGCGUUGAGCGGUCAUCGCAGCCCGGUCACCCGUGUCAUCUUCCACCCUGUCUUCAGUGUCAUGGUUUCAGCUUCUGAGGAUGCCACAAUAAAGGUGUGGGAUUAUGAGACGGGAGAUUUUGAGCGCACACUGAAGGGCCACACAGACUCUGUGCAGGACAUCUCCUUUGACCUGACCGGGAAACUGCUAGCAUCCUGUUCUGCAGACAUGACUAUCAAACUGUGGGACUUCCAAGGCUUUGAGUGUAUUAGGACCAUGCAUGGUCAUGACCACAAUGUUUCCUCUGUAGCCAUCAUGCCCAACGGAGAUCAUAUAGUGUCUGCCUCAAGGGACAAAACCAUAAAGAUGUGGGAAGUGGCAACUGGCUAUUGUGUGAAGACCUUUACAGGUCACAGGGAGUGGGUCCGCAUGGUGCGACCCAACCAGGAUGGCACGCUGAUCGCCAGCUGUUCCAAUGACCAGACAGUGCGUGUAUGGGUGGUGGCCUCCAAAGAGUGCAAGGCUGAGCUGCGGGAACAUGAGCAUGUAGUCGAGUGCAUCUCAUGGGCUCCUGAGAGUGCCAACCCCACCAUUUUGGAUGCCACAGGCACUGAGACCAAGAAAAGUGGCAAGCCUGGCCCCUUCCUGCUGUCUGGAUCUCGAGACAAAACCAUCAAGAUGUGGGAUGUCAGUAUUGGCAUGUGCCUUAUGACUCUGGUUGGCCAUGACAACUGGGUUCGCGGGGUGCUAGUCCACCCUGGAGGCAAGUUCAUUGUGACUUGUGCAGAUGACAAGACUCUAAGGAUCUGGGACUACAAGAAUAAGCGCUGCAUGAAGACCCUGUGUGCCCAUGAACAUUUUGUUACCUCUCUGGAUUUCCACAAGGCUGCACCCUACGUGGUGACUGGGAGUGUAGAUCAAACAGUAAAAGUGUGGGAGUGCCGCUGAUUUGGACCUUGGAAGAUCAGACCACCAUCCCAAUUAUACACUUGCUAUUUUGGAUCCCACCAGCCUACCCCUUCCCUCCCUUCUCAUUCCACCUUCUCCAAAACCCCACCCACCAAUCUUUAUCUCCUCUGGCUGCACUCACACAACAUGGUUCUUUACCCGUUGCUCUCUGGUCCAAUAACUAUUGUCCUUCUAUGUAAAUUAUUCCUGGAUGUAGAUCGAGCUAUUAAAUGUUACACAAAAAAGUAUUCUUGCAUGGUAAUCCAAAAUUGUAUACUGUAAAUUUACAUAACGUUGUCUAGAAGUACCAUAGGUUUAACACGGGGCUGGCCGUCUGUCAUGCAGCCUUACUGACCGAAGGCAGAUGUUUUUGACUGGGUGUAAAAUGUAGGGCACUAAAAACUGAUAAUUUAAGAAAUGACAGUGUCGUUCUUUAUGUGUAAGAUUUAUAUUUGUCUGUCUAUUUUUUUAUUUAGUUUUUUUUUCUCUUUUGUUAUUUUUCCUCUUCUUUCACUGUUGUAGUCUGUUGGUGCCUAGCUUGGUGAACUUCUGAGAGGGGAGAGGCAAGAAAAUGGAAAACUGUAAUCCCUUGCGUGAGAUAAGACCUUUUGUUGGGCUUUGUUAAUGGAAUAAUCAGUAGCUUUGUAACAUCACUUCUCAAUGUGCAUACCAUUUCUCUUCAUUUGGAAUCACAUAUAUAUCAAUGGCUGCAUAUAUGAAUGUGUCAGUCUGUUGUCUUUGGUCCUGUGGGGUUGAAAAACAACUUUGAGCUCUUAUCAAGUGGUGGAUCGUAUAAGGGCAGGAAAUCCCUGAUAGGCUUUAGAUAGAUCAUCCUAUUGAUAAAUCCUGCUUCGUAUUCAAGGAGUCUAAAAAAAUGUUCUUCACUAACUUUAUGAAUAGCCAUGCUAAACUAUACUGGGGACAUCAGUCUAGUGAGCUUGUAUGUUUAAUUUCAGUUGGGACACAAAUACAAGUUUCUGCUACCGCAAGUACUGCCCCUUUAUCCGUUAGGCUGUUGUCAUUGAGUAAACAUGGAUUUCAGUAGCACCUGAGCCUUGAAUGACUCCAAGGAUUACGUCUCUUAAUCUCUAGCACUUGAUAAAGACCUUAGAUGUGUUCCUGUUUGUGAGAUGCUGCACUAUAAUGUCGCAGAUCUUGCUGAUAUCCAUUGAACUGAAUCAUCUCUUCCUUUCUUGUUCCUUGACUGAUCAACUUCUGCUUUCUGCUUAGCUGUGUUUACUGCAAGAAUUAUAUGAAGCCAUAGGUGCUCAGGAGUCCCAUGGCACCUCUGUUAACCUACAAAUGCAAGGAUGGGCAAGUCUUAGCCUUGUGUUACAUAUGCCAGUCAAAAAGGAAGUCUUGACAAGGAGUCAGAGUUGACCCCUUGGUUUUAUUUCUGGUAUGUGCAAAUAUUUGAUUACUGAGGGGAAAGUGCUGUGCAUAGUAUAAAGAUGGUUUUUGACAACAUAGCAGGUUUUUGUUAUAUGAAGAGCGAAAUUAGCUUGUUAGUAUUUGAAUUGACAAAAUCUGUAAUAUCGCCCCAGAGAAUGAACUCAAUGAGGAUUGAAUAGUGAAAAAAUGCUAGCUGCAGACAUGCUAUGUUAUGUGGUCUGUGCAGAUGUUGCUCUAUGUAGAGGGGUUUGAUAGUGAUGUUUGCUGCACUGUGAAGAGCUGUUCACCGUUAAACUGGGGCUUUGGUUUUUGACAACAGAGGGUCUUGGCUCAGGAGGAUGCUAAGGCCUAAGUGGUGACACGCUCUACAGGCAAACACCUCAGAUCAGCUCAAGUAUAAAUGUCUCCUGAGUGGGUUUCUCGCUUUUAUUUUUAUCAUAAAACAAGGAAAUUUUUGAGAGAAGGAAAUUUGCUUACCCGGUUUUUACUGGACACCAACCAUUCCAUUCUCCAGAAAAGAAAAACAUCACAUCUUGUUUCUAACUGAAGAAGGCAAGAUGAUGUGUUUAUCUUUCAUAUUCCUGCUCAUACUAGAGCUUUGGUCUUGUCAAAGACCAAAGAAAUAAGCUAAAAAAAAUUAAUCUACUAAUCAAUGCAUAAAGAGAUCAUUUUUUUCAUUAGCCUUUUCAUUCCAAUUCCAUUCUUUGUUUAUAAAGAAUGCCACUGCUUAACUGAUCUUAUUAUCAAGCUUUUUUGCCAAGUUUUCUCUGUUCCUGUGUGUACUGGGUGUAGCUACUUGUGGCGCAUCGUCUGGCUAGUGUAAGCCUAAUGUGACCUGGUGAUCCAGCACUGCUGCAUGUAAACCUGAACCAGAGGCAGAGCUGUCUGGUGGGACCAACUGGUCAAUACAAACAUUGUCAGUGUGGGAAAAAAAAUAUUUUUCUGAUGCAAAACGCAAUGAGCAAGAGCCUAAAGAGCCUAGGCUAAACACUAGUUGGCCAGAUUGGCAGGUAUUUCAGGUAGAGAUGCUGCCGGUUCCUGGAGGCAGGUGUCUCUACAUACAUUAUGUACUAUGCCAGUUGUGUUGUUUUUCAAGGACACCAGACAGACUCCCUACCAGGCAGAUCAGCUGGCUUGAUGACCGCAAACGACUCUGUUAUGUGGUUGUGGAAAGACUGGUUUUGUUUGUGUAUGUGAUGCUAUAUGAAGGAGGUCAGACCUACAGAUGAGCUGCCUCCUUCUACUGUAAAAUGCGAAGGGAUUGUGGCAGACUCGGAUGUUCCAAAGGAGAUCCCCGCUCCUUCAGGGAAUACCACUAAUGUCUCCCUUUAGUGCCCCACCCUCCUUGUACAAAGGUCUGUUUUCUACAAGUUAUGUUCUGUCAUCAUUUCCAAAUCAAAGAUGUUGGGUGGAAAAUUGCCACUGAUUCUAUUUUUCCUUUUACCAGUACUUUGUAGUACAAAUUGGCAUGGCCAUUACAAAUGCCAAGGUGUUAAAUGUUUUAGCUGAAGCCAAAAAUUAAGAGUUCUUAGUACAAUCCUUAGCUUGAGAAUUCAGACUUUGUCUCUUCUUUUCAAGACUUACUGGACCUUGAAAAUCCCUUUGUAAUUGGCUGAUUUUAAGGUUAGAAUAUCAUAUUCAUAUUCUAAACCACACCAGACAAUUGAGAUCAACAUUGCCUAUGGUUUAAGAACAGCCACCCUUUUCCUGAUUUCAAUGAUUAACUUGGUUUGAUAAAUCCUUAAGGAUAAUGUGCUGUUGCUUUUAAGAGUGAAUGAGCAACAAUUCAGCAUAUGUAACGUGGCCUGUAAAAUGAUUCCCUUUUGCCAUUCGCAGGUCCCAAGCAAUCCCUAUGCUGCACUGGCUUGGUGUUUGAAGGGACUAACAGACAAAUUUGCACUGUCUGCUUGUCUUUCUGCCAGCCUCAAAUCCACCUGUCUACUGUAAUCUACCUUGUGAAUAGAUUGAGGGCUUCAGACUUCACAAGCUCGAACAGGAGUACUUCUUUUGCUUCCAUGGUCUCACUCUUCACAAAGCAAAUUGUUAACAAUAUAUCUGGAUGUCAUUAUUGUUUGCGACAUAAUAAAAGAAAAAAA